AAGGUAAAACAUUAGAAUAUAAGCCGUCUGCCAGUAUUUCACAUGAUCAAAAACACUCAUUGGAUACAAAUGUUGUUGUGUGUUCAAGAAUCAGUAGUGUUGUGAAAUGUGCAACAUGUAUUUGCCUGGCAGUCUGUCAGCCUGUAUCAUGUGUGAUGGUUACGAUGACACUGCCAUUUCUUUGCCCUGAGAACUGCUUGCACUUUUUACUAACCAUAAUUUAGCUGCCUACCAAUUCUGCCAAUCAAAAGCAAGAAUACUAUUCAGUAAAGUGGUGUGCCAGUAUAACACAGGCCUUGAUUUGUGGAAGGAUGAGCAAGCAGUGUGUAUUAGCUACCAACCUCUUCAUCAUAAUUACAGCAGUUGUCAUAUGAGUAGAUUCUGUCACGUCGAUUAAAAUAACAAAGCGUUUUUAUUAUUUUUUUUCUUCACUUUGUUUUGAGAUCAUGGUGGGUGCCAUGGUGUGACUCAUUUGAUAAGAUAUAGUAGUAAUUAUGGAUCCCUUUAAAAUGCAAACUAAAAUAACCCUUAUGUCAUUUAUAAGAAUGGUGUAAUAUACUAAAUAUAACAGUUGAGGAGUAUAAGCAACACGACAUAGAGUCAUAAACAUAUACAAGACCGGAGUUGUGUGGAUACAGAAAAGUGGCAUCUUUGAUGCAAUUUUUCUGCAAAUCUUAUACAUUGGUGUAUGUUUGGGGGGGAUGGGUGUGUUUGUGUGUUACAUGAUAACCAGCACGUCUUCCUCUGUGUGAUGGUUAUGGAACGCUGUGUAGCUGUGGUAUUUUUAGACCAGCCUAGUAGAAAAAGUGAAGCUGGGGGUCUACAUAAACAGAGGCUUGGAUUGGCAUGUAAAGUAUCAGAGCGGGUCACAGUACCCUGAACAUUAAUCUUAGCUUCGGUUUGAACUCAAAGGCUGGAGCGUAGAGCUAUUUCUUCACAACUUGAUGGUCAUAUUCUGGAAGAUGAUGGAGAAAAAUCUUGGAUCAGGCUUAAGCUGGGAGCUGGUGGACUCGGGUCAGGAGAGCAGGUCUGGAGCAGAAGCUCAGCUUACAGACUGCUGGAUGAGCAUCAAACUGUUCCUUGAGGAGACAUCUUCUUUCAAAAAGCAGAAUCCAGGAAAGUUUUGUCUUCUGGUAUGCAGCUUGUGUUUUUUCUUGGCUAUACUGGGCAAUUACAUUCCAGGAGUUGUUAUUUCCUAUAUUAUAGUGCUAGGAAUUUUCCUGUGGCCUCUAGUGUCAUCACAUGAGUUUGGGAUGUGGCUGGAACCGGUUCUGCAGAAACUGAACUUUGGCAUUGGGCACUUCCUACAAAAGAUUAAAGAGAAUCAUGAAAAAAGAUUGCUCCAAGCAGAAGUUGAGAAAGAAAACAUCGAAGCUGAUCUGUCUUCAAUGUUCCCUAAGCUGGACUCCACGGUGUGUAGGGAGCUGUCUGUAUCAGACACAGAAGUCUCUGAAGUAACAUGGACUGAUAAUGGAACCUUUAACUUAUCAGAAGGACACACACCUCAGACAGAAGACUCAGAGGAUUUAGAUCAUCGCAGUGAGGAGGAGGUGUUCUCUGGUGGCCUCACUGACUUCCCCUCCCUGGAUAAUGGUGUAGGGACGAAUGGGGAUGAUGAGGAUCUGAGCAUUGGCCUGCCGAUCACAUACAUCUCCCAGCAAAGAGAUGCUCAAGGGACAGCUGUAAGGGAUGAGGCUGCAGUGUCUCAAGCUUUGGGACUUCUACAGAGGACGGCCGAGAACGCCAUCACAGCAGCAGUUACUGCUGCUAUACAAGAGCGACUGGAGUCAGCGAUUGCUGAAAAUACAGACAGUGAGGCUGAGGACUUUGAGUUGCUCGACCAGUCUGAGCUUGAACAUCUGGAGGGCGAGCUAAAGCUGGAAAAAGGAAGCGGUGAGCCUCGUUCCAAAGAUGCCAAAAACACAGGUUUUUUCUCCAAACUCCUGGGGAACCAGUAAUCUUUACAACUGGGCAAAAGCAUGGGCAGAAAACAGUCCUAGAGACUAGGGAAGGUCCAGAUUAAUGACGGUAUUCCAUUGUUUUUUUUUUUUUAAUCAAUGUUUUAAUUAAAUCAUCUUGCAGUAAAUUCCAAAACCAUAGAGAAAUGAUGCUUCUUGUACAGUCAUGUGAGAUGAUGGGAAGCAGGGUUUAAUAUUUUCAUUUUUUUUUUAUAUAUAUUCUACAUAGUGAAGUGAUUUCAGAACUGGUCCCCAUUUUAAAAGAAUUGUGUUCUAUGAGACCUCUUUCAUGUGUAUGUGUGAAUUUGUAAUGUAAAACAUUUGUGAUAUAUAUAUAUAUAUAUAUAUAUAUAUAUAUAUAUAUAUAUAUAUAUAUAUAUAUAUAUAUAUAUAUAUUAUUUUUUUUUUUCAUUUUUAAGGAAAUGAUAAUGAUUAUAUUUCAAACUACAACUACAGCCAAAAGUAACUUUGCAAAACACCAUUUACCUUAAACCAAACCCCUAUGUAAAAAAAUGGUGUCAAAUGAUUGUAUUAUACAAGCAGUUUUUUGCAUUCAAUUCACAUUCAGUUAACAGUGAUAUCGCUCUUCGACUUGUAUUCGUAGAUAGUACUGUAAUAUCUCCAAAACCAAUACAACAUACACAAUACAACAUAAAUAUUUUUCUCAACACAAACUUGUUCAACAUGUGACAUUUUUAUUUCUUUUUCUUGCGGAUGCCAACUUAAUAGAAUUGUUAGACGGAGAUUUAUAUUAUAUGCCGCCAACUUUUUUAAUUUUUUUUAUUAAAGUAUGUGAACCAUGUGCACAUCAUCUCCUCUCAGCACCUUCCUACCUUAUAAUAUACACGGCACCAAAGCCAAAGAGACAAAUCCUCUAAAAAGAUGACAAUCAAGAUGACAAAAGUAGGGUUUCAACAUGAAUUUUAACUAUAUCAUAACUAUAAAAUUGUAUACAUCUGUAACUCAAGCAGAUAAUCAUGAGAUAUCUACUUCUUAUGUUACCUAAUUUGUGUUUUGGGCUUUGUGUUCUUUUUUAAUUAACCAUUGUUUUAGAGUUGGUGUCCCAGUACAAGACUGUGCAUGAAUAAUCCAUUAAUUUGUAUUUGCACCUUAUUUAUACAGCAAUGCAACUAGGCAUGAGAGCACGCUGACACUGAGCUGAAAUUUUAGUUUUGAAUAGUUUCAUUUGGAAAAAAUAUAUAAUCUGUGCCCCAUCUAUCUAUCUAUCUAUCUAUCUAUCUAUCUAUCUAUCUAUCUAUCUAUCUAUCUAUCUAUCUAUCUAUCUAUCUAUCUAUCUAUCUAUCUAUCAUCUAUCCAUCCAUCCAUCCAUCCAUCCAUCCAUCCAUCCAUCCAUCCAUCCAUCCAUAUAGUAAGGAGAUUGGCAAGAAACCCCUUAUUCAUAAGAGAGGUCAGAGGAAAAUGGUCAGGUUGGUUCAACCUACCAGUCAAGAUAUAGAAACUCUUUUAAUCACACUUUACAUCCAUGUAGACCAUCAUAUUGAGUUUCUUUUCUCUCAGCCAAUAACAAGAAUCUAUUGUGAAGGAUAUCAUGGGCAAAGGUCCACCAAACUAGACAAAUUAAGAUUGUUCUUUUUCUGGUCUUGCCACUAUUAACCUGUAUCUGCAAGGUCCAUUUAUAUCUUCUGGUCCAGUUUUAGACAGUUAUGGACAAUUGUAAACAGAUUUGGUUGCAUUUUGUUACAAAAAGAAAUUCAAACGGAUCAAAGGAAAAAGGAUGGUUGACAAAUAGCCCCAUUUGACUCCUCCUUAUAUCCACAAUACUGAUAAUUCUAUACGUUUAAAACUUCUCGUAAUUCUGUAAGGUACUUUAUCUCUUUCUUUCUUUAAAUUCAAUUUCUAAUUGUACUAUGACUUGUACUAUGAAGUAAUGUAAGCUACCUAAACUCUUCUAGUAACACAAUGACUUAACAUGGACUUUUCUAAUGUUCUUAUUAUUUUGAACACUAUACAAAAGAAAGAGAUUUGUUUCAGUGUCGGUGUGAUUCCAAAUGCAUCUGAAUGUACUAUUUAUUCCUUUCUUCACUCCUGAUAGAUUACUUCACAUACAUAUGAUUGCCUGAUUGCCUUAUAUGCCUGUGUGAAUUGUGUGUCAGAAUGAAAGAAUAUUAAAAAUAUUGUAAUGUGUAUGUAAAUAUUCUUAAAAUGUGAUUAAAAUAUGAAUAUUUAAA